GUUUCUUUUAAAAAGGAGAGAUAGUACUAAAUAAUUAGCUAUAAACUAAAGUUUUUGAUAAGCAUAUUACAAUCAUAUCUUUGUAUCCUUGGUGCUUCAUCAUGAAAUUGUUCAUGUCUCAAAUUGAGUUUCUUAGGCACAUGACACUUUUCGUGUCUUUCAUUGUGCUUAUUUUAUUAUGUAGUAAUACUUCCCCAAUAUUUGCUACAAAGAGUUGUGAUUUUCCUGCCAUCUUCAACUUUGGUUCUUCAAACGUUGAUACUGGUGGAUCAGCUGCUGCCUUUGAAGCACUGCCAUUGCCAUAUGGAGAGACUUAUUUUAAUAGAUCAACUGGAAGAUAUUCUGACGGCAGAAUCAUUAUUGAUUUCAUUGCACAAAGUUUUGGACUUCCCUAUUUGAGUCCAUAUCUUAAUUCUCUUGGGUCCAACUUCACACAUGGUGCAAACUUUGCAAUAGCAGGAUCAACAAUUAUAAACUCAGAUAAUAUUUUACCUGAAAGAAGGUUUAGUCCAUUCUCCUUUAUAAUUCAAUACAAGCAAUUUCGAGAUUUCAUACCCAACACAAAAUUCAUUAGAGAUCAAGGAGGUGUAUUUGCAACACUGAUGCCCAAAGAAGAUUAUUUCUCCAAAGCCUUAUACACAUUUGAUAUUGGUCAAUGUGAUCUUGCUGUUGGGUUGGGUAAUAAUGCGACUAUAGAACAAGUCAAUGCUACUGUGCCGGAUCUAGUAAACGAGUUUAUAGAGAAUAUCAAGAACAUAUACAACUUAGGGGCAAAAGCAUUUUGGAUACACAACACAGGACCACAUGGAUGUCUUCCUAUAACUCUGACUAAUAAUCCAUCUGCUAUAAAGGACAGAUAUGGUUGUGCAAAGCAAUUCAAUGAAAUAUCUCAGUAUUUUAAUUUAAAGUUGAAGGAAGCAUUAACUCAACUUCGACAAAAUCUUCCUCUUGCUGCAAUCACAUAUGUAGAUAUUUACUCUGCUAAGUAUUUACUUUUUCAAAAUCCAAAAAAAUAUGGAUUUGAGCUUCCAUUUGUGACAUGUUGCGGCUAUGGAGGGAAGCAUAACUGGAAUAUUAAUAAUAAAUGUGGAGAAUUCAUAAACAUAAAUGGUACAAAACAUGUUGUGAGUUCAUGCAAAAAUCCUUCUACAAGAGUGAUAUGGGAUGGGGGUCAUUACACAGAGGCAGCUAACAAAGUCAUCUUUGAUAAAAUCUCUACAGGAGCAUUCACAGAUCCUCCCAUUCCCUUAAAUAUGGCAUGUCACCGAAAAUUCGAAAAGACGGAUACUCCUCGUUCAUCGUCAGACAAUCACCUUGAAAUGACGAGCUUUGUAAACUAAUAAUAUGGUGAUGAAUCCUAUUAUAAAUAUCCCUGACAUGUGUUAUAGAUUGAAUAAUAUUUCUCUAGUUUAUUUUUC